ACGUUUCACCUGUCACAACAAACGGUAACACAGGUGCAGCAAUAAAAAAAUAAGUUUUGCUUUCUAAUUGUUAUUUAAUUAUUCUCAUUAAUACCCUAUUAACGCUUUUGCGGUGACUCAAUUGCAGAAAGAUCAAUUUCACCCGGGCGCAAACUAGUCUGAUUAUGAGUGGCCCCUUUUGAAACCUGUUAAUCCUGAACGAAUAAGUCCUAAAUUUUGUAGUAAAUCCUUAAGAAAAAACCAAAAAAAGACCAUGGGCAUGAAAACCAAAACAGGAAUGGCAGCGAUUGCUGUCACAGUAGCAGCUUUUAUGUGCAUUCUCUUGGCUUUUGUAACACCUUAUUGGCUGGUUAAUAACGGAAAGGUGCCUAAUAGCAAUUUUGAGAAAAUCGGUCUAUGGGAGGUGUGUUUUAAUAACUUUGAAGAUUUCCGACACCAUUACGAUUACAAAUUCACUGGCUGCUGGUGGGUGUUUGAAGAAGAAUACUACAUCAUUAAUGACUUUUUAUUGCCCGGUUUUUUCAUAUUGACCCAGUUCUUUUUCACUCUGUGUAUGACCCUUGUACUUAUCGCUGCAUUUUUGACAUGGCUGUAUUGUUUCUGUAGCAGGGACCAUGAUAAAUACUUGUUGCUGCUGUUAAGCAAUGGAUCUAACCUCAUUCUUGCAGGAAUUUGUGGGUUAAUCGCAAGCCUAAUAUUUGGUUUUAAUGGUGAUCGUCGUGACUGGAUGCCCCAGUGGCAAAACAACGAUUUGGGCUGGUCAUUUGGUUUGGCUUGUGUCGGUUCACUUCUAUUACUGCCCGCAGGAGCCCUGUUUUUAGUGGAGGCUCGCAGGGCCAAGUAUAGGAGGCUCAGGGGCUCUGCCCCUCAGUCCCAUUAUAGCAUCGAGGCACACAAACCCAGCGGGUCACAUCAUACGGAUAUUUAAGUUGCUGUAUUUUGUUUGUUUAAAGGUUUUUAUGGGCUAAACUCUCUUAAAAGAUUAAUGUUCUAUUAAUGGCAACUUAUUCAUUAAGAGUUCAAGGAAGUAUUAAUUAUUAAUAAUUUUUUUUUGAAUUUUUGUUUUUUACUAAUAAUUUAUUGCUUGCUCUGAUCUCUAAUUAAGGUCUUGUCAUUUUAUUAAUAAGAAGUGUCUCUCAUUACUUAUAAAACUGGUUAUCUAUGUAAAUGCAUGAAACCAUGCAUUACCAUGCAUUACCAUGCAUUACCAUGCACCUGUACUAUUUACCUCGAAUAGUGUCUCAAAUGUAUUUUUAUAUUAACAUUGUAUAAAAAGAUGAGUAAAAUGUAAUUUUUUUAAGGUAUUAGCUGCUUCCGUCCGAUAUAUACCACUUUAAUAAUAAGAUUAAUAUGCUUUAAUAAAUUUUGUAUCAU